CAUCGAUGAGAAGGAGCUAGCACCAGCACUCACUUACAUCCAUCGCAUCCACUUCAUUGUUUCUCUCGGCAACGUGACGACUUGCAUUUUACAGAAACAAUUUUUGUUUUUCCGCGACUACAUCGACAUUAACCAUCAUGGCGCUCAAGGAUAUGACCUCCGACCUGAAGAAGCUCGAUACUCACGUCGACUCUCUUGAAGAUGCACUCAAGCCCCUGAUUGACAACCUUCCCGAGAUGGCCAACGAGCUCCCCUUGCUCGACAAGGCCAAAAUGUUCGCUCUGACUGCCUACGCUAUCGAGACUCUUCUGUUUUCAUCACUCCGUCUCCAAGGGGUCGACGCCAAGGACCACCAGGUCAUGACGGAACUGAAGCGCGUGCAGCAGUACUUUGGCAAGAUCAAGGGCGCAGAGGAGACGCCCGCACAGCGAACAGCGACGGUCAACACGGAGGCCGCGACGCGCAUUCUGAAGGCGGAUCUUGGAAGCAAUGAUCCGACGCUGAAGAAGAGGCUGGAGGAGAAGCUCGCCGAGGAGCGGGCCAAGGCGCUGCUCAACUCGAUGCAGAAGACCAAGAGGCCGGCUCCCGAGUCGCCUCACGACCACCUUACAACGCUCACCACACCACCCUCACUCCCGAAUACGUUCAACACACAAACCUCCGACAAGAUGCCUCGCCAACGCUCCGCCGGCCGCCCCAGCGCCCCCUCGCGCCCUACCGUCUCGGCCGCGAAGCCCGCUCCCACCCAGACUCGCCCGGCAACGACCAUGGCCGCUCCCCCCCAACAGCACGCCGCUCCCCCGGCUGCCGCGCCCGCUGCUCCCGCUGCUGCAUCCCAGGGCCCCGGCCUCUUUGGCCAGAUGGCUAGCACCGCUGCCGGCGUCGCAAUCGGCUCCUCCAUCGGCCACGCCAUCGGCGGUAUGUUCGGCGGCGGCUCCUCCGCGCCCGCCGAGGCCGCGCCCCAGAAUAACUCCCCCAUGGCCGCCACAGGCGAGUCCCAGACCACCCAACAGUGGGGCAACAACUGCGCCGGCGCCACCCAGCAGUUCACAAAGUGCAUGGACGAGCAGGGCGGCAACAUGCAGAUCUGCAACUGGUACCUCGAGCAGCUCAAGGCCUGCCAGGCUGCUGCUAGCCAGUAUUAGACACACCUUUCGUCUGAGACUCGUCUGAGAAGGGCGUUGUUGCGUGGUGUUGAAAUGUUCACUUCCCCCCCGGCUGAAAAUUGGUCGGGGUGGGUGUUAUAUGUAACUUAAUAAUCAAAAAAGGCAAAUGGGAAAGCAAAACAAGCAAACAAAACUUGGGGCAUGGAGCUUUCAUGGGAUUCAUAUGGCAUUUUAUUGCAUUGGCGGAAGCAUUGAAAGAUGGGCCAUUGAGGAAGAACUACAUCUCCCAACGGUGUACAAUACAUGACAUUCCCACUCGUUAACAAC